GAAUGCCGGUCCCAGAGCAGUUGCAUUAGGCUGGAGGACUGGAGGUGGAGCCUUUUUUGCUCACGGCAGCAAGUUCCCUUCUCCUUUCUCUCCCCCUGCGGCGUGUGCGUUGGCUUUUCAAGCUGCCUGUGCUGCUCUGUGGAGUGAAAAAGGCAGGGUGUGCUCGCAGACUGUGCUAUAAACUGCAGUUUCUAUUUGGGGUCCUCACGGAGAAGAACACCAGGAAAGACAGACAGGACCAGUGCCAUGGGCCAGCUUUGCUGCUUUCCUUUCUCAAGAGAUGAAGGAAAAAUCAGUGAAAAGAACGGAGGGGAGCCUGAUGACGCUGAACUAGUAAGGCUCAGUAAAAGGCUGGUGGAGAACGCGGUGCUCAAGGCUGUCCAGCAGUAUCUGGAGGAAACACAGAAUAAAAACAAGCCAGGGGAGGGGAGCUCUGUGAAAACUGAAGCAGCUGAUCGGAAUGGCAAUGACAAUGAGAACAACAGAAAAUGAGGCCAGAACGCAGGCCCCCAUGUCUCUGUGCAAAGCCUCCCUGCUCCCCUCUGCUGAGUCUAGGGACUGACUUGCAGCGUGCUAUUUAAGUUUCUCUGGUCCAAUCUGUGGAGAUUGCCUAAUAUAUUCAUGAUCGAUGUGUUUGCAUUUCUGAAACACAACAGAAGAAAAACAGAGUGCUGGGACUGGCAGAGGAAGUUAAUUGAUGAAAGAAGAAUGGCUCAAGUUUUGCUCGCCCUCAGCCAUGCACAAGGGAGAGGGAACUUUGGGUUAUGCCUCCUGGACGCAAAUUAAAGGCUGUAAAAGAGGCCUUGCCAUCAAUGGAAUACUGCCAUUUAUAUUACUUCGCAGGGCAUUUGACUACUUUAUCUGAGGCCAGAACUCUCACACACAGCUAUCAAGUGCUAAGUUUAAAAUAAUCACUGUUGAAAUUGUCAUUUGUACAAUUAGUCCAUAAUGUUUCAUUUUUGUCCUAAGUGUGUUGUUGCUAUGCAGUGAUCUUUAUUUAUAGUAAAUUAUGUUUCAUGUAAAUGAUAUAUUUUUGGUGAAAUGCAACCUUUUCUAUAAAAUGUGGGCAACAUUUUAAAGUUUUUUUAAUCCUAUUUUGAUAAGUCAGUAUGCCAUAUUUAAUGAAAUGUAUUAUAUAAUUUUUUUUUCUUAGGCAAGAAACCUAUUGGAAUUCGAGACUUAAUUAAUGAAGCUUUGCAUCGAGAAACGAUGGGUCUGAAGUCCAAAGUGAAACAGAUAAAGGAAUUUUUAUUAAAGCCUGAGACUCAGGCCAAAAUUAGGAGGGAACUUUUUGAAGAAAGACUUAUUAACAACAGUAAUCCAGCAAAUGACAUUGAUUUCAGCACAACUUUGACAUAAGCUCUACAUUGUGAUUGUGACAACAUAGCUUAUGAAAUCUUUCCAGCUUAUUAAGUAGCUCUUUGGUAAACACCAAAGAAGUUUCUGAUAGUGUCUGCACAACAGCAAACCAACAUUUGGUGGGGAAUUAGCAAUUUCUUGCCAAAGAAAACUGAUUCUGCCCUAUUAUUUUUUGAGCUACACUUGUAUUUUAGAAUGUCUGUUUCUGUAAUAUUGAGAAUCAUUUUAUAGAAAUGAUUUCUUAAUUAGCUAUUGUGAGUUAUUCCUCGGGUCCUUGCAGAAAAAAAAAUACAGACUGUGAACAAAUCAUUCACAGACAAAUAGAAUAAAACAGAGCCAACAACAGUAUUUUAAGGGUCACUUGCCUCCUGUUGACAUGAUUGUUGCUAAAUCAAAAGAAGCAUUGUCCAGGUGUGUCUACAUCUAGUGUUACUUUUAAUGAGAAUUUGAAUGUUUAUUGAACAAUAGUACUUGAAUGAACAUUUAUAAAUGUAAUUACUGCGAUCACUGGUUAAGAAUGUUUUAUAUAUCCUUAUAAUAUUUUUCACUGAUCAAAAUGUAGUUUUGCUUUUUCAUUUCUUAAGGAAUACAUGUGUGGGAUUUUUAUUUUUUACAUUUCUGAAGAUAAGUUCCAGGUCUUACCGUAUCCCUUGACAUCUGAAUUUGUUUGCGCUGCUUGUUUUGAAGAGCAUUCUUGAAAACUUUCCCUGGUGUGAUGACUGUUGGUAACAGCUUUUUCUAUAGUCAUUGCAAAACUGCUGCUACCAAUAGAUCAUGAUGGAGGGGGAAAUCACUGGAGAUCAAAUAUGUGAAAUCACUUCAAAUAUAAAAUCCAGUUUACUCAUAGAUUUUAGCUAUUUUUUCACUGGGUAAAUUAUACUACAUUUAUUUACAAAUGAGUUUAUGCAUUUUCAUGGCUCUUAAUAAACAUAUUGUUUUCCCUUGU